UUUUCAAGAAGACGAGCGGCAAUGGCGGCCUCACGCUCUACCUGGGGAAGAGAGACUACGUGGACCACGUCAGCACCGUGGACACACUCGACGGCGUUGUCAAGUUGGACACUUCAAACUUUGGAGACAGAAAAGCUGGCGUGCGCCUUCCGCUACGGCAGCGACGACCUGGACGUGAUGGGCUUGUGCUUCCGCAAGGACAUCUGGAUCCAGCACGUUCAGAUCUACCCGGACGAUCACAAACCGGCGCUCAGCGACAUGCACGAAACCCUCCUGAAGAAGGCGGGCGAGGAUGCCCGCGCCUUCACCUUCCAAAUUCCCAACAACCUCCCGUGUUCCGUGUCGCUGCAGCCGGGCCCAGAGGACAAGGGGAAGGCUUGUGGCGUCGACUUUGAGGUGAAGGCCUACCUCGCCAACGACAAGUCCAACCCCGACGAGAAGAUCGAGAAGAAGGACACGGCGCGCCUCAUCGUGCGGAAAAUCCAGUACGCGCCGUCCGAGGUGGGCGCCGGGCCCAAAGCGGAAAUCUGCAAGAGCUUCAUGAUGUCGGACAAGCCCGUGCACCUGGAGGUGUCCCUGGAGAAGGACCUCUACUUCCACGGCGAAUCCAUCCCUAUCAAGUUCAAGAUCAACAACGAGACCAACAAAACGGUGAAGAAGAUCCAGGUCUCGGUGGACCAAACCACCGACAUCGUGCUCUACUCGGCCGACAAGUACACCAAGUGCGUCUUCUCCAAGGAGUUCAGUGAAACGGUGGAGGCCGGCGGGACCUUGGAGAACUCGCUGGUCAUUGUGCCGCUCCUGGCCGACAACAAGGAGAAGCGUGGCCUGGCGCUGGACGGGCGCCUCAAGGACGAGGACACCAACCUGGCCUCCACCACCAUGUUGCGCCCGGGUGUUGAGAAGGAAGUUCUGGGGAUUCUGGUGUCCUACAAGAUCAAAGUCAACCUGAUGGUGGGCGGAGGCGGCCUGCUGGGCGGACUCACUUCCAGCGACGUCACCGCCGAGGUGCCGCUCAUGCUCAUGCACCCCAAACCGGAAGAGUAAAGGCUCCGCUUCCGUGGAGGACGUCAGCCUGCGGGUGGGCGGAGUCGAGACGGGAAGUGACGUCGCGGAGAGGAAACGACCCGUGGGAGCGGCAACGGAGGGAAACUGAUCUCUUGAACGCGCAAAGCGUGACUCUGCGUUCUUUUGCGGCGCACAGUUUUCCUUUCACUGUAUGUUCCUGCCUGCUCGUGUCCAAAUAAACAUUCAAACUUG